GCCUCGACCUGCCUUCUCCCACGGUCUGCUCAAAGCUGAGGAAAUAACUGCUUGACAAAAUGUGCAAAGGAUUAGCUGCCUUGCCACACACAUGUCUGGAAAGAGCAAAGGAGAUCAAGACCAAGUUGGGCACGCUUCUCCAGAAGCCUGACUCGGCUAUUGACCUGAUCAUCCCAUACACAGAGAAGCCGGAGAAGCCAGCCAAGGCCCAGAAGACCUCACCAGAUGAGGCUUUGCAGUGGCGUGAGUCCCUGGAGAAGCUCCUGCAAAAUGCUUAUGGGCUUGCCAGCUUCAGGAGCUUCCUUAGAUCUGAGUUCAGUGAGGAGAACAUUGAGUUUUGGAUUGCCUGUGAAGAAUACAAGAAAAUCAAGUCCCCCACCAAGAUGGCCGAGAAGGCCAAGAAAAUUUUUGAGCAGUUCAUCCAGACGGAGGCACCUAAAGAGGUGAAUAUAGACCACUGCACCAAAGCUGUGACCAUGAAGAACUUGGUGGAGCCAUCAGUGAACAGCUUCAAUGAGGCUCAGAAGCGGAUCUUUGCCCUGAUGGAGAAGGACUCCCUGCCCAGAUUUGUGCGGUCAGAGUUUUAUCAAGAGUUAAUCAAGUAGCAAUGUAGCAAGCCUGUGCACUGCAUCCCCUGCUAGGCACUCAUUGCGAGCCAUGCCUCUUUCCAAAUCCCACCUUUAGUCUGUAGCUGCUUUGCCUUAAAGAUAUCAAACUGAGAAGAAACUUAACUGCAUUUCUAAACUCCUUCCACAUAGCUUUGGACUCUCUCCUAUGUGCCAAGUGUCUCCUUUUCUACAGUCUCUUUCCCUGCUCCCUUCCCAAGAUCCCUGUUAUGAAAAAGCCCCAGCGAUUUUAUUCAUUGGUCUUAGACUGCAUUACUGAGAGUCAUCUCGGCAGCCAGUUGACAGCAAGCUUGUCAAGAGUAGUUUCAUGGAGGCUUGCAGGACCCUUUGCACUCAUCUGGUGACCUGUAGAGCUUAUAGGCCCUAGGUCUUGUCCACACUACAGAGUUUUGUCAACUUAAGUUAUGCUGACAUACAGCAACCGCUUUAAUUAAACUGCUGUUGCAUGUCCAGACUAGCUCUUUGUGUUGGCAGAGCACAUCCACACUACCAGCUGUUGCAUCAACACACAGAGCAGUGCACUGUGGGUAGCUAUCCCACCGUGCAACUGGCCACAGGAUGCUUUGGGAUGAGUUUGCAAUGCCUCAUGAGGCAGGCACAGCAUUACAUGAUGUAAGUUUCUCAUUCCAUGGGCAUCCUACUAGAUUGCCAGCUGCUUUUCAACUAAAGUGGGUGGGGGUGGGAGAGUAUGUGACAGGAUGUGUGUGUUCGGGGGGGAGACAGAGUGUGUGUUGAGGGAGUGUAUGAGAGAGUGCGAGUGUGUGUGUGUGUGUUGGGAGAGAGUGAGUGUGUCACCAUGCUGUCUUUGUAAGUCCAAACAAUCCUGAGGUGGUGAUGGGGAAUGUUCCACCCCCACUACAGCCCCCUCCUCCCUCCCUGGCUCUGCACAGCACAGCAGUCUCUCCCCCAUCUCCCCUGCUCUGUCUGCCACUGUGUUCCUAGUUCCAGGGAGAGCAGGACUCCAUGUUAAAGGUCCUGUGAUUCCCUCCACGUUCUCCUAUAGCCUCCUGAGCCCACAGACUGAUCCACCCCUCUCCUGUACUUCAAGCAGGGGAGCGUGUUGCUCUCCAUGCUGAGGAAUGUCAAAGCUUCCCAGAGUUAUGAAAGGGGAGGGGUGCAUGCCUGCACGGCAGCGGCGUUCAAAACAGUGAACAGAGUGGUCACAGCGGGCAUUGUGGGAUACUGGGGGAGGUUAGUUACAUUGACAUAACGAACAGCAGUGUCGCUUUGUCGCUAUAACUUUGCCCCAAAAUACUCUCUGCUUCUCACUGAGGUGGUUUUAUUUUAUUGGCAAAACAGGAAAGUUUUGCUAGAAAAAGUAGCACUAUAGUGUGUACACUUCCACUGUUCUAUUGAUAAAAGCUGCCUUUAGCAGACAAAACUGUAUACUGUAGACAAGGUCAUAGUGUCCAAUGCUCUAUCUGGAUCUGAGCAGGCUUUAUUCAGAUAAACUCAGAUGAGAAUCAGAGAAGCCUCCAUACUUCAAUGUUUAUCCAAAACAACCAUAUGAAUGAGCUGCUAGACUCUAUGUCCUCACCUAUCCCUACUCGCACAUCAGGUUACACUGGUCUGAUACCCUUGCUGUGACCUGGGGUGACCAGAUGACUUGUUUUAAAGAGACAGUCCCAUUUUUUGAGAUUUUUUUCUUAUAUAGGUACCUAUUACCCCCACCCCCAUCCUGUGUUUUCAGUUGCUGUCUGGUAACCCUACUGUGACCAGCUGGAUGAAUUGAACAUGUAAAAUACUAAUGGCAUGGAAAGGGUGUUAAAAUACUCCUGUCUUCUCCUACCAUGGCCCAAGACCUUGAAGUGACUGUGCUCUAAGUGCUAGCACUCUGUGCGGUUGUGACAGUCUUUGAGGGCGGAGGUGUUCAACAGCAAGCCCCCCUGAAUGAAAGCCACCUCAAUUCUUCUGAAGCAUUUGCUUUCUGAGGGCCCUGACACUGAGUCUGAGACUAGCUAGAGGCAGAAUUAGCUCUAAUUGCACUUUAUGUCCACACACGACAUGGUGGCUGCACAGUUAGCAGCCAUGGCAGCACCAGUGUCUUGCCAUGGCAUGGCCAUGACAGAGACCACCAUGUGGCUACCUUCCUGGAUCCUGGGAGACACUGUUACUUGCAAUGUAGAUCCUGCACACCCCCAGCAAACUGUGUCCACAUGACUGGUUUGGCCUGCCCUCUGUCCUCCCUGCUUUCCAAGGGGGAGCACAGCCCACUUGCUGCUCAUUCAGGAUAUCUUCUGGACACAGAAGCACUAUGGGGUUUUUCCAGUAUGCACUGAUCCAGUCACAGACAGGCAGCGUGGAAGGCGUGGGCUCACAUGGGUGUCACAAGAUUGUUUUUGAAAACAGCUGCUGUGUGGACACAGGAAGGUCAGAUGAGAAUCACAAACUGGUAACAAUGACAGUUCAAUUCAUGCCAUACCCAGGUACAGGGUGUAACUGGAGCUCCCAGACUGCUCUCUUCAGCUAGUAACACACUUCCUAUUGUCAGUGUGCUACGGGAGGCUAUUGUGAGUGAUAGGCCCUUCAACACACCACCUCUGCUGGAACAAACAAUGUCCUUUUGAGCAGGAGACAGGGAGAAAAAUAAAACAAACAUCAUUAUCCAAAACACUGAGACUGCUGACUAGCAACCCAGAGCUCUGCCUGCAUUAGAUUUAGUGAGCUUGUCAUUUCCAGAGCUAUAUACAACCCCACAAUGCCUAUGCACAGCCUUACUCAGUGCUCCCCAGGUGUUUAGAGGUGUGUUUGACUUGUCACCAUGGGUGUCCUGCUGUUGAAAGCCUGUCCUAGUUAUUCUCUCAAGAGCAGCAUGCCAAAGUGAGAGUUCUGCACCAACCCAAAAGAGAAAGUUCAUUAGAAGAGGUAAAACUUGUUGAAAGAACAUUACUAAUAGAAACAGUUUGGGUCAGUUGCUGAGAACAGCCCUGAAGAAAAGGCAUCAGUGGAAAUUGGAGAAAUAAAACCCUGCCUUCUCGAACAGAUGGCAAAUGGUGCUGAGCUGUGUGCAGUCCAUUUCCCUCUGUCCAGGCUCCUCAUUCUGUUUAGAUGGGGCGUACAUAUUUGUAUUGCUGACAUAAUUGUCCAGUUUGUGUUCAAGCAGGAUGACAGGAUCAGUGGGGCUUCUGGAAGGUGACAGACUUUUUUCAUUUUGAAAAAUAUUACGGCUCACAGACUUUAGCCUUUGCCCUUGGUUCCAGCCCAGCUCAGCAGCCACCAGAAGUUGUGACCAUCUGCAGACCUUUGAGGGUGGGGGUGCUGUGUGAAAUAAAGCUGGGUCUCAACCCAAUUUCAAGCUAAGUGUCCAUCAGAAGCGUGAUUGGCAGACACUGGCCCCCCUGUUGGUGAAAAGGCCAGGGACUGACUAGACCUUGGCAUGAAUGUCUUUUCUCCUCCCGGGGGCGUUUCCUAGGAAGCCUGCAAUGCCACUGCUUGUGGUAAGACUGCCUGUGGCUAAACACAGGACAUCAGUCUCCACAGCUGACAAGCCAGUAUUUUAAUUUUUUAAAAUCAGUUACAAAACUCUCAGCAGUUUGUUAAAAUGGGCCACCCAUGCUCAGAAUCCAGGUCUGGCAAUCCAGAGCAUGGGUAACUGCAUGCAACAUGCAAUAAAAUAAACGAUGGGUUUGCAAACCUUUUAUACACUUACAAAAACUAUCAAAAAAAAUCUUCCCCAAAUAUUUACUCCUCGUUUCCAUGGUGACAGAAUAAAAAUACAUAGCUAGAUGGGCUGAACUUUCCAGGAAACAAACUCUGGUAAUGCAUUUAUUUUUCUUUCUCUCAAGCAAAUGGCCUGGGAAAGUUAGAGGCCUCAUGGCAGGGCCACUGCCUGGUAUUCUCAUUCCCUUCCUCUGUGUGAAGAUGUAACCCCUCUGUCAGUCAUCCUGCAAAGUGGUACAGUGGCAAUAUCACAAUGGGCCCAACCCAUUGCAAAGGGACCUCACACAUCUUUCACCUCCCCUUUGAGAAAGUAAAAGGUUAGAGCAGAAAAUAUCCCACAACAGCAGCCUUUUUCUGUCUGACUUUGAAGGGAAAUAGAUUAGGAACAGAACUGGGGCUAUGUCCAAAACUGGUUCAGCAGUUACAAUAUAGAAUAAUCACGCCAUCGCUGGCCCACAUUCACUCCUGGUGUAAUUCUACUGAUUUUUAUUGCAGGUAUUUCAGAGAAUUAGCUUAGUUCAGUAUGUCAUUGCAUAACACAGAUGGCCAGAAAUGCAGGCUCAAAUGGGCUCCCAGCAGAAAGACUCCCGCAUGUCAUUUACUUGUUUAAGAUGUUGCUGGAAAGACUGAAAUGCCUCACAGGUACAUUGGGAAUUCAAAUUUGUAAUCGCAAGUUAACCAAACAAAUCUUGUUUUAAUUGGCAAUAUAUUUAAUCCCCUUCUCUUGCUUUCUCCAGUAAGACCCUGCCCUAUGGACUGCCACCAAUGGGUGACUUCUUGUUAGUUUAAGUAACCUCUUUAAGGUAUCUGCGUGUUUCCUGUUCUCUAGUUAAAAAGUCAUUCUCCAGGAGGUAUCUGGUUUGGCAGGUCCUUUGAGUGGUUGCUUAAAAUGAACAGCUCUCUAUAUACAUAUAUACACAUACACACACACACACAGAUUUUCAGUCAGUUUCUGCUAGGUGUACAAAUUUGUGCAUGCAAAUAUUACAUGCUCAGCUGAUUGUUUGCCUAGUUAUCACAUGUAUGCCUGCAAAACAGGUACUUCAGGCCUAACUAUCCCAUCUGAUCACACAAACACGCAUGGGCAGUCAUUCCACACCCAAAAUUCAAGGCCAUCUUUUGAAAAUGUGAACCUAAAAGCCUACUCUUGUAGCUGUCUGAUUUGGAUUCCAACACAUGUAAUCUUUCUUCCCUGAAUCCUGCUGCAGGGUAAUUUACACAGGAGAACAAGUUGGGAUGGGUUGGGUAUUUAUGGUGAAGUCAGGACUGUGCCUUGCACUCAUUAAAAGGAAAGGGGGAUGCCAUAGGUAUCAAAUGUGCCAUAGGAACCACAGGCAUCAGAUGUACAUUGACCAUUUCCUGAUAGUUGGAGCUAAGAAAAGUGCUGUGGGUUAUUUUGGUAACCACUGGUGAGUACAGCCUAACCUGUGCUCUUCUACCAGAUACUCAAACUUCUCAGAUCUUCGCCAAUCAACCAGAUCUCUCCCUUCAUAGUGCUCCUUAGAAAAUUCCUUUUUGUCUCAUGAAAGCACAGUCCACUCAUGUCCAUAAAGACCAGAUAUUGGCUCUAUUGGGACAACACAGCGAUGUGCUGGGUGGCCCUGUACUGAGAUGUGGUUUGUAGCCUAAAAACUGCUUUGGUUUGUCAUGUGCUAUCACAACCACCUCUGGUGGCACCUGGGCAGCAGGAAGUCUUGAGCCUGGGUUUGAGUUCUUUUGAAAGUGUAGUCUAUCAGAAACCCCUCCUGGCCUCCACUUCUGCUACAUAAAGGAUAAACCUCCUCUCCCAGAUACUUAAUUUUGAACUAGGGCCAAUUUAGCCUAAUUCUCUGUUAGCUACAGAAGGGCCUGUGCAAUGUGACCGCAGAAGCAUUUGGGAUUUCUAAAAGCUGUGUUUGUGUAGACUGUUCACUUUGUUUAUUCACUCUGGCAUAUAAACAGUCUGAAAGGUGACAAAUGACACCAUCUGAUGAGGAAGCGGAUAAUUCUGAAACCCAAGCAACAUCUGCUAUGGGACCGAUACCAUCUGUAAUGUGUCUAUUAUCAAAUAUUUUAUAUAUUCUCUGUUACUCAUACUUUUAUUAUGUUACACAUAUAUCAGCACGAUAUAUACAGCAUUAUAUAUCUAUAUUCUUAUAUACACAUUAUAUAUAUAUUCAUCAUGUUAACUUCACUUGAGUCCUUAGUGAGUCAGUGAAUCAAAACAUACAAUUUAAAUGCAUGUUAGCUAACAGCAAGAUUGUUCACGUUUCACACUUGUCCAUUGAACACUGAAUAGAAGUAGAAUGGUUUCAGGUAUUUUAUUGAGCUAAAACUCAACCUUUCAUUGGUAUAUUCCUAUCUCUUUUUUUGCACUGUGUUGACAUAUUACUCCUUUAUCGGAGCAGCAGCUAUUAUCUUCAGAAAAGAAGUAAGUGGAUGUAUGCUAUUCUGGGGAAAGGCCAGUGGCCAGAGACCCUCUCCUGGCAAGGAAACCCCAGGCUGAAUUUCUAGGUCUCUGGUAUCAGUGCAUUGCUUUCAUGUGAGUUCAGUGGUUCCAGAGUCCUGGCAGAGCACUCAUUGGACAGAAAGCCCCUGUCUUGGCAUGUCAUGCUGCCCCAAUUGCCUCCUGGCCGUGGGGUUGAGGUCACUUGCCAUGUGUCUCUGUUAGGCUGUGUGAAUUGCACCCUCCCUCUCAAUGAGACCCAUUCUCAUUGUGCACCAUUUAAAACCUGUAUCUAUUCCAUCAUGCCUGUGCUGUUAACUGACCUGAGUGGGCUGUGGAAAUACCUUGUGCAUCUGGUACAGAACCUGGAAAAUCUUCAGGACCAUAAUCUCUUUAAAUCUGUACUCUGUGCCCUGAAGAGGUUAACAUCAUGUAAUGUCAAACCAAACCACAUCCCACUACAAGAGGUGAACAUCUGUGUGGGUCAACCCCCAUGACAGGGCCUGUCUUGUAGGGUGCUGAGUGGUUUCCCCCAAGUGGCUCUUAUCCAUCGAAACCCGUGGCCUCAGUGUGUGUCCCCCCUAGAGGCAUUGCCAUGUCAGGGCAGUGCAGGCUAGGUCAACUGGGUCUAUUCUGUAACAUGCAUGUAACUUUCAAUAUAACCAGAAUAUAAAAAUAUUAUC